ACAUGGUGGUUUCAUCAGUCCUGUAAGUUUUUCUGUUUGCUGCUGUUCAGCUUCCUUAUUUGCCUGUAAAGUACCAUUUCCUCUUCUGCAUACUGAUGUCGUUCUUCUUCAGGACGUAGCUUCAGAUAAAUCUGCUCUGUUAGCCCUUCGAAGAAGACCAUAAAGAUGCAAAUCUUUAGGAAGUAAUGUGAGUGCAGUUUGUCGCUGGUGCUGACUUGUCUUCAGUUAUUGAGACUGACAGUACAUUUCUCGUGCCGUGCCGUGGAGCAUGUGCAAGACUGCUGAGUACAGAGGGAUCGUAGCAGAAGUCGAAUCAUUUACUGACGUAUGGAUGUUCUUCAAAUUCUUCAAAUCUAAGGAAGAACGAUUGUGUUGUGAUUGUUGGGUCCAAUUCCUGUCUGUCUCCAGCUUCAAUGCGGCCCUUAACGUACGUGACUGUCGGUGUAUGAGAGAGUGAAAUGUUGCUUGUAGACGUGACAGCAAUGUAUGUCUCCGUGUAGUAGCAUACACACUGCGUGUGUUUGUUUGGGCGCGUGUGUGUGUUGUGAGCGCCUGCGUGUGUGAUGUCGGGAGACACCAGCACCCUGUCCUGGAGGAGCAUGUCUCCCACCACCCGGUCAGAUUCCUUGGAUGCGUCUCCCACGGCAACUGUCACCAGGGACAACAUCUUCCCAGUGAAGAUCAUCAAAGUGUGUUUCCUUAGCAACAGCUCCAACCUGGGCAAGAACUUCAAACUGGUUCGCUGUGAGGAGGGCUGGACUGUCAGGGCUAUCAUCGAUGUGGUGCUGUCCAGCGGCUGUGUGGGUCCAGACAUAAAACACAGCCUCUGCUACGGCCUCCUCCUCAAACACCUCAAGUCCUCAGCGAUACACUGGCUGCACCCAGACCUGACAGUGUCUGAACUCACCCACCGCUAUGAACAGCAGCACCUAGAGGCUGAGUGGAGAUACGACCUGAGGAUCAGAUACAUCCCGUCAGACUUCAUGGAGAAAUUCAAAGACGACAGAACCUCUAUGCUCUACUUUUACAAGCAGGUACGAAGUGACUACAUGCAGCAGUAUGCCUCAAAAGUCAGUGAUGGGAUGGCACUACAGCUUGGUUGUCUGGAGAUUAGGAGAUUCUACAAAGACAUGAAUCCAAAUGGACUGGAGAAAAAGUCCAACUUGGAACUAUUAGAGAAGGACGUGGGGCUGGACCUGUUCUUUCCCAGAGAGCUGAUUGAUAGCAUGAAGCCCAAGCAGUUGCGUCGGCUGAUCCAGCAGACGUUUCAGGGCUACUCGACCCUGAAGCAGGACCAGGCCAUGGACAGGUUCUUCACCACUGUGGCUCAGUGCUACAGCUACACACAGGAGAGCUUCGCCUGCCAGCUGGUGCACGGCUGGAGUCUAACAAUAGACCUGGUCAUCGGCCCGGAAGGCAUCAGUCAGCAUACUGAGAACUCAACCCCCAUCUGUCUGGCUGCGUUCUCUCAGGUGCGCAGUAUCUCCUGCUCCGCAGGGAGUGACGGUCGGGCUCUGCUCACUGUGCACAUAGAGGGAGAAAAGCAGCCGCUGGCAGUGAACACCUCCUCCCUGGCUGUGGCGGAGAACAUGGCCGACCUGAUUGACGGCUACUGUCGACUGGGCGGCAUCUCCGAGAGCUCGCUCAUUAUCAGACCCAGCAAAGGGAGAGACACAAGACUGAAACUUCCUGACAUCCCCAAACAUGGUGGUCCCAGUGGUCCUGAUAGAGGUUUGAGCUCUGAUAUUUAUGCUGAGAUUCCAGACGGCACAGCAGACUCUGGGGACAAACACAGGAUAUCCAGAAAUGACGUUGUUGUGGGUCGGAUCUUAGGUGAGGGAUUCUUCGGAGAGGUUCAUGAUGGAGUGUAUAAAAGCCCAACAGGGGAGAGGAUCCGUGUGGCUAUCAAAACAUGUAAGGACUGUUCAGCUGACGUAAAGGAGAAAUUUCUCAGUGAAGCUGGCUUGAUGAAAAAUCUUUAUCAUCCCCACAUUGUGCGUCUCAUCGGAGUCAUUGAGGUCGAUCCUGUCUGGAUUGUCAUGGAGCUGUAUGAACAUGGAGAGCUGGGGAGCUAUCUCGUGGAGGAGCAGUACAUCGUGACCGGACCAACGUUAAUCCUGUACUGUCUGCAAAUCUGCAAAGCCUUGGCUUACCUGGAGGGACUCAACAUGGUGCACAGAGAUAUAGCGGUGAGAAAUGUCUUGGUGGCGUCGCCUGAGUGUGUCAAGCUCGGCGACUUUGGCCUGUCUCGCUACAUUGACGAACAUGAGUAUUAUAAAGCCUCGGUGAGUCGAUUACCCAUCAAAUGGAUGGCACCUGAAUCCAUCAACUUCAGACGCUUCACCACAGCCAGUGAUGUCUGGAUGUUUGGUGUGUGUGUGUGGGAGAUCUUCUCAAUGGCCCAGCAGCCGUUCUUCUGGCUGGAGAACGGGCAGGUGAUCAACCAGCUGGAGUCUGGAGUUCGCCUCCCCAAACCGCAGCGCUGUCCGCCCACCGUCUACUCCCUGCUCGCCCGCUGCUGGGCCUACGAGCCGGACGCCCGGCCCAGCUUCAGCCAGCUCGUCUGCUCCUUCAGUGAGAUCCACAGGAUGGAGAUGGAGCAGGAGCAGGAUGUGAAGCCAGACUGGUCACGCCCCAUCCUACAAGCCUUUAACUCCAACCACACAGACCCUCCACCUAAGCCAUCCAGAGCACAAGGCGGCACCCUUUACCGGACCACACACACACAGGCAACAGAGAGGGACAGCAGGCCAGUGUGGGAGAAGGAGAGAGCGCAAGUGGAGAACACGUUACAAAGACAGAGAAGAGAGAUGCUGAUGGAUAAACAGUGGCUGGAGCAGGAGGAAAAACAACUGGAUCCUGUCGUCCGACUGGAUUCGCAAUUCAAGCCUCCUGAAAAAAGCCCAGAAAACGGUCCUCCAGAUAAGCCCCCAACGCCUCCUCCAGUCGCACAGCCUCGUCCCACGGCCGAGCUGGACCGAUCGGGGGAUCAGGUGUACACCGGCGUCAUGCUGAUGGUGAAGCAGGUGGUCCAGCUGAAGAACGACGUCGGCCACCUGCCCGCCGCCGAGUACCCCAACGCUGUCAAGACGGUGGGCGUCACUCUCCGCGGCCUGAUUCGCAGCGUUGAUGAGAUCCUGCCCUCGCUGCACAGCUCUGUCACCGCCGAGAUCGAGGGCACCAAGAAGCUGCUGAACAAGGACCUGGGGGAGCUGAUCGGCAAGAUGCGCCUGGCCCAGCAGAACCUCGUGACGACCCUGAGGGAGGAGUGCCAGCGGCAGAUGCUGGCGGCCGCGCACACCCUCGCGCUCGACUCCAAAAAUCUGCUGGACGCCGUGGACCAGGCUCGGGUCAGGGCCAACCUGGCCAAGCCCAGCACCGACGCGCAGGGCGCGGGGGGAGGAGGGGGAGGAGGGGAGAGCGCCGCAGGGCACCCCUGA